AUGGAUCAGGCAGCAGUCCCCUUGGAGUUCCCUGCAGCUUCUGCCCACAGAGGACGUGUCCCCUGGCUGGAGCUCCUUUUGGCCGGGUAUUACAGUGUAUAUCUAACAGGUACCGAAUACAUUGGCCGAGCGGAUAUAAACCUUGAUGGAUCCCUGAUUAUAAGAAAUGUCACUGUGUGGGACGAAGGAAUCUACAUGGUAGUAGCCGUACUUCCAAAUUCACGAAGAGAAGUAGGAUUUGGAUGGCUCAAAGUAUACCGGCAAGUAAGGGUGCCCACACUCUUAGCCAGCAACACCACAGUCACAGAGAAUGAGGAUGCUGUUGUCAUGACUUGCCACACACAUGGGAGCUCCCCCAAAUGGUUAUUCAAUUCCAAGACUCUGCGGCUUAAGGAGAGAAUGAAGCUAACAAAGGACCGCAGAACCCUCACCAUAGACCCUGUCAGGAGAGAGGAUGCUGGGAGCUACCAGUGUAAAGUCUCCAACCCCUUCAGCUCCGCUGAAAUCUUCCUCUUAACCUUCUGGAUCCCGGCCACCACUGCGCGAUUUGCUAUUGCCUCAACCAGUGCUGUUGAAGGGCAGGAUGUGAUUCUACAUCUCCGCAAUACGCCUCCCAAUGUUAAAGGCUUUAUUUGGUACAGGGGAAUAGAGACGAAGUACUAUAAUUUAAUUGGGACUCUUGCAUGGCAGUUUAGUCGAUAUCUAACAGGUCCCGAAUACAGUGGACGAGAGAAAAUAAACCUUGAUGGAUCCCUGAUCAUAAGAAACGUCACUGUGCAGGACCUAGGAAUUUACGUCGUAGCAGCCGUCCUUCCAAAGUCACGAAGAGUAAUAGGAUUUGGACGGCUCAAUGUAUACCGGCCACUAAGUGUCCCCACACUCCUAGCCAGCAACACCACAGUCACAGAGAAUGAGGAUUCUGUGGUCAUGACUUGCCACACAGAUGAGAGCUCCAUCAACUGGUUAUUCAAUGCUAUGAGUCUGCGGCUCAGGGAGAGGAUGAAGCUAUCUGAAGACCACAGAACCCUCACCAUAGAACCUGUCAUGAGAGAGGAUGCUGGGAACUACCAGUGUAAAGUCUCGAACCCCGUCAGCUCCACUGAAAGUGCGCCUGUAGAGUUAGAUGUCAAGUACUAG